AUGGCUGCGCUCGACCUGAUCCUGCUCGGGACCGCCACCUCGUCCGGCCUGCCCGCCGUCCAGUGCCUCACCGACCCGGUCGGCGGCUGCCACUGCUGUCGCUCAACCCUCGACAAGGCCGACCUCGACGCCCAGAAGAACCUUAGGCGUAACACGAGCGCCAUCCUCCGCAUCCCCUCGCCGCAAGCAGGCGAGCGCGACCGCACCAUCCUCAUCGACUGCGGCAAGACGUUCUAUGGAGGCGCGAUAGAGCACUGGCCCAAGCACGGCCUGCGCGAGAUCGACGCCGUCCUCCUCACGCACGCUCAUGCCGACGCAAUACUCGGUCUCGACGAUCUUCGAGGUUGGACUCUGCGGGGCGCCAUCCAGACGUCUAUCCCGAUCUACCUCACGCAAGAGACGUUCAACGAGGUCUCACGGGCGUUUCCCUACUUGACGAGCCUCGGCAAAGCGACUGGAGGAGGCGACGUUCCAGCCCUCACGUGGCACAUCUUUGACGAGAACGAGCCGUUCGAGCUGUUCGGCGUCCGGAUCACGCCCUUGCCAGUGCACCACGGCAAGUUCUUCACGACGCCGCCAUCGCCCUACACAUGCCUCGGCUUCCUGUUCAACACGUCGAUCGUCUACCUGUCGGACGUGUCGUUCGUGCCGCCGCCCGUGUGGGCCGUCAUCGAGCGCGCGCUCGCGGGCAACAAGCUCGACGCGCUCGUCGUCGACUGCCUCCGAGUCGAGCCAUUCACGAGCCACUACGGGAUCGGGCAAGCGUUGCAGACGGCGAGGCGGCUCGGCGCGAGACGGAACUACCUGCUCGGGUUCGGGCACCGCACGUCGCACGCGCUGUGGCUCGCGCUGUGCGAGGCGCUGUCGGCGUCGCCGGCGAGGCGCACGUCGCUGCCGGUGGUCGAGGGCGAGCAGGUGCCGCCGGCGCCGGCGAGCGCGUGGGAGCUGUACAACGGAGCGGCCGACCCGACGCGCGAGGACGCGGGCGUGUUUGUCGAGCGGGGCCUGCAGGCGGUCGAGAGCUGGGAGCGAGGGAGCGCGGUGGAGGAGCGGGGGGGCGAGGGCGACGUGUGGGUGCGGCCGGCGGUGGACGGGAUGCGGAUCCGGGUCGAGGGGGACGAGGAGGAGCGAGGCGACGACGAGUACGGGUUCGGGGGCGGGCUGUCGCGGUAGAGGCGGACGUUGCUCUUCCGAUAGACGUC